AGUUCAUAAAAUAAUAUUUUGCAGCAAUUUGAUGGCUUCGCAGUGGCGUAUUACAGUUCUUCAUGACGCUGAAUUUAGCGAACUGGAGCAAGGAGGCCCUGUGCUGACACUCGCGUUUGGAGAAACCAUUCUCCAUGGUGAAGGACGCUGUUUGGCGUGAAGCCAGCUAGGAGCAUGCAGGAAUUCCUCACGUGCCCCCUGCAUGUCACCUGUGAGAAGCUGGACUUCUUACCGAGAAAGGAGCACCCAAGAUCCCUUCCACGCACAUGGCCAUUUGCACACCAGUCACGAAGCGGUCUUGUAGUGAAGGGCUGGUGGGGCAUCAGUGGAGUAACUGCUGUCUCAGCUGUCAGAGGUUGUGAUUGGGUCUGGUCUCAACAGGGACGAUCCAGGAGGGGCCCCCUUCCUCCUGCAUUCCAUCUGCAGGGAAGACAUGUCACCAGGUGCCAGCAGCGAGGAGUCUGUAAAGCAAAGGCAUUUGGUGGCAUCCAGUGAAGAAGUCAUCAUUCCAACGAUGUCAUCAUGUUCAGGCUGAACAAGGAGGACCUAGGGAGGCACCCCCCACAAGGAGGACAUUGGCUUGGACCUUGGGGAGGAUAUGCAGCAAAUUCUCCCCCUGUUACUGUGCCCCAACUACAAGGAGUUUCUGCAG